AGUGAAUCCAACUUGGCAGGUAUGGGCAAUGUUCACUUUUAAUUAAAUUAUUACUGUAUAUGGUACAUGCUCAUCAUGUUGUUUUAGAAUAAACUGAUUUCAUUGUAGUGUAUACCAGUCACUGGUCUACUGAUGUAUCCCAAAGCUUCCUUAUUAGUAUAUAUAUACGAUAAAUGUAAUUUCAGCAUCUGCAUCAAUUUGCUUUACAGCUUAAUUUGUUUCAGGAGGAGAAAUGGAUGAAGCAUUAGCAAACAUUUUACAUGACCACAACUAUGUCUCUGAUGAAGAAAAAGGGUAAAUGUCGUUGAAACAUAUGUGUACAGUAAAUACUAGCUUAAUCCGCGUCUAACCUACAUUGAGCGCUUCUAGACAUUUGAAAUAAAUCUGCAUUAUUCAGCUGCUCAACGUAGACCCAACCAUUUACACGUUCCCGAGAAUGAAAUAGCAAAUACACCCAUCGUUUGCACAAGUUGUAUGGUUUGCCUAUGUGUAAACGCUAGUACCAUCUUUGCGUGGCGUUCGUCAAGAUGUAGUUUUCGAAAUUGCUCCAGGAGAAACGCCUGCAGAUCUACGUAAAAACCAAAUAUAGUCAGUGAUAUUAGAAGUGUUACACCCAGAAAAAAUAAUUUCUAACAACUUGUUUUUUUGGCAACAUAAUGACUAUAAUUAAAGCCUGCUGUGGCAAUAAUGUUUGUUUACCUUUGUUAAAAUGUUAUCUCUUAGUUUUUGUGAAGAAAGCAGUUUCUGGGAGCCAGCGUAGUACAGAUAUUUUUAGUUAUUGCUCCUUUACUAGUGUUAAGAAUAACAAAAUGCCUCGAGUGCGAAGACGUCAAAAUUAUGACCAUGUUAGCGACUUUGACCGGGGUAGAAUUAUUGCAUAUCGAAAUGUUGGUUUGUGCUAUCGCGAAAUUGGCCGCCGUGUUUAUUGUACUGCAGUGACGGCGUUUGUGUCGUGUGUGGAUAGAAGAAGGUAGAGGAACACGAAUAAGGCCAACUGGUCGACCGAGGCGUCAAGACUGGCGCUUCAAACAACUAGCCCUACGAGACAGUUUUGCCACUACCUGUCAGAUCGCUUACCAAUGAUUUGGAGAAGAACCUGUUACUAUGCGUACUCUCUAUCGCUGCAUUCGAGCCUUUGGACUUUUUUCAUACCGUCCACGGUUAGUGUUUCCUCUGACUGGGGUCAACUGUCGUCAACGUUUGAACUGAAGCAGAGAGCGGCAACAUUGGGAGGCAGAAUGGCAUAAUGUCAUCUUCAGCGACGAAUCGCAAUUCUGUCAAGGUACGCACGAUGGUCGUAGAAGGGUAAAACGCCGUCGUAGAGAACGGCGUGAUAUUGGAUUUGCUGUUGAGAGGCAUGUACACAGGACUGUUGGAGUAAUGGUUUGGGGGCUAUUGCCUAUAGUAGCCGAUCACCCCCCAUCUCUUUGUUCACCGGAUUUAAACCCCAUCGAACAUGUGUGGGGAUGUGAUAGGGAGGAGACUAUCCACUUUGCACCAUCCGCCACAGACUCUGCCAAAGCUAAUCCACGAAGUUCGAGUUGCUUGGAAUGAGGUGUCACAAACUGAAUAGAUCAUCUCAUUUUGUCGACGCAUAGACGUAUACAGGAGUGUAUUCAGCUGCGAGGUCGCCGAAAACAUUUUGUUCUUAUUGUUAAUAAAAUUUCGUAAGAAUGUUAUCGUUUUAUUCUUGAUGUAAGACUACCUCAUUGCCAAAAAAAUCAAGUUAGAGGAGUACAUUUGAAUUUCAUUUAUAAUCGUUGACGUUGGACCACAAAACAGUUGCGUGUGGGAAUCCUGUUCUCACGUGUGAUCUGUGUUAGAAGGGAAAAUUACAUAAUAAUCAAGGGCAUAACCAAGAAUGUAUAAUAAUGUUUUCUGGGUGUAACAUUUCUAAUGUCACCGAGUAUAUUAUUGUGAUGUGAAUAUUAGCCAUAUUCAGAUUCUAAAAGGAGCUAUCGCAUAUGCAACAGGUCUUUCAAAGCGGUUCUGGAGACGUUCCUAUAAAACCCAAAUAAACAUAUAGCUAUAGCUUGCUGUCUUCUGUGUGUGAUUUUAGCCUGGGAAUACCACAAAAAUUAUUCAGUAUUUAUUAAAUAAUAAUAUUUUGCAGAACGUUUAUAACAUGUGGAUACCUCCAACGUAUUCUAACUAACGUCCAGCAUGACCAUAACUACGUCGGACCGAUUGCGAACGCAGCAAUUAUAACGAACAGAAUAGAGAAAUGGGUAAAGGAACAACGCGACUUCGAAAACAAAACGCCAACAUCGUGAAUAACACCAGACUCAGUGGAUGGUAUGAUGGAGUUAAAACUAAGCCAGAUGAUCAUGAAUCAUGUGUGACAAUAGAGGAAAUAUACCAUGGUGUCACUAAUACGUUUCAUGCAUAUGAUGCCACGCUCGAAGAUAUUAUAAAGAAAGGAACGCAUAAAUCAACGUCUUCGAACAGUGAGGAAACUAGAAACAUAGUUGAAGAUGGGACCAAGUCUUGUGUACGCGAAACAAAACUUAAUAGUGAUGCGUAUGUUGUUAUGUUGUUUGAACACACUAUGAAACAAGACAUGGACACAUUAACGAGUUUAUGUAGCUCAGAAACAGGAAAUAUUGUUGAAAAUCGAUCUAUAUGGCCUUCAAGCAAAACAGUGUCCGAUAUUGACACUACUGCUGAUAUAACUGAACGAACUAUCAAACAGGAAAAAGAUUACGAUGAGUAUGAUCCAUAUGCCAUAACGGAAACGCUGAGUAUGUUUGAUGAUCUCGUACCUGAAUAUAACGUCAAAAUCGAGCAAUGUGUGUCAGAAUGGAACGAUAACUGUGAUAGAUGCAAAGAACAAAAUACAGUAUAUACCGAUACUAAACCAGACCUGCUUAUAAUUCAAAAAGAUUGUAGUAUGGCUUUAGAGUGUUCAAACAACGAAAGAUGCAAAUAUUGUUUAGAGCAAUUUGAAACUAGCGAAUUAAAAGUGAAGCACGAAUGUACUACGUGUAACUUAGCUCCAAUUCUUAUAGUGAACGUGGAUAAGCUGAGAUUGUUUUCUAAAGAAGAAACCAAAGUAACUAAAGAUCAUAAGCUUGCCUACUGGAAUUAUACGUUUUGCAAAUAUUGCAAUACAGGUUUCGAAACCAACACACUAAAACUGAAACAUGAAUGCAUUAGUGAAUGUUCACCUCAACUUGUGGUACAGUUGCUGCGACAAAACAUAUCUUUCAGACUUCAGAGAAAGCAAGGCAAUGGAAGUCGCACUUUAAAGUGCAAUAAACCUGACUGUUCAGUUUUCCAAUGUUACCACUGUGGUUACCAAUUCAGUCAUAAAAGUAACAUAAGGCUACAUUUAUUAAGAUACAGACAACAACGGAAGAAAUACAAAUGUCCCAAAUGUAACUUCACAGCUUACAGCAAAACUACAUUGAGGAUGCAUGGCAAAACUAUGCAUACAAUAGCAAAUAAGGACUUUCACUGUGAUUACUGUCUUUCAGCAUAUUUUACCAAAUCUAAUCUUCAAGACCACAUGCUUCGGAAGCAUCCUGAAAUUAACUAUUUGGUCACCUGCAAAGUACACAAAUGUAAAAAUUGUCCAUUCCAAACAACUUAUAAGAGACACUUACGAGAUCAUGAGAUGAAACAUUCAGAUAUGUAUCCCCACCAGUGUGCAUUAUGUGGAUAUAGGUCAAAGAGAAAGACGCACGUUACACGCCAUAUUGAAAGUCAUGUUGUAAUGGACGUAGAUAGCCCCCAACAAUAUAACAGCAGUAUAAAAAGGAGCAGCAAAAUAGAACAGUUUUGUAGUAUCUGUAAUAAACUAUUUGCGAGUAAAAAACAUUUUUAUAGUCAUAUUGUGAUACAUCAUAGUGAAAAUGAAAGCAUGAUGAAGCUAGUAACUAGUAAAAUUUAUAAAUGUAGCUAUUGUGAUCAGAAAAGACUUUUUAUGAAGUUAAUUGUAGAACAUGAGAAUGUGCACCACAAAAGGCAACUUGUUAAUAAAAAAUAAAUUUAAAUCGUGUUUUAUUUCGAGUAUAAUAUAUAAACAGAUGUUCAAGAAGACGAAUAAUCACCUUGGCCAACGAUGGUCAUACAUUCAAUAAUAUCACAAAACAUAAUGUUCUUGACAUUUCCCAUAAUUAAUAUUUUCAAGAUAUAUAAGCUAAAACUGACAGCACUUAUGAAAAUA